UACCCUACCUGCACCAACUAGACAGAAGGUUGCUGGUGUCAUUAUGCGGUGUUGUGACGUGUCCGAACCGAAUCGGUGUGUCCGUCAACCACCAAGAGUGUGCGUUCCGUCGCAAUGCUGGACUGACUGGCACUCGAGCGGCACGUGCCAGCAGCUGGUGACAGCACGGCACGGCACAGCCCCAAGGCGCGUCUCGUCAUGCCAUGGCCCAUGACGACGUCUGGAUUCGCGUAGCGUCGUCAUGGUUUCGCAUAGCGUGUCACGGAUGGGCCAUCCGGGCCGUCCAGCGCAUUCCGAAAUCCACGGGUCAGCAGCAUCCGAACGCCGCGACAGCCAGUGUAGGCAAACGGCAUGUGCGACGGGGAAUGAUGAUGCAAAGGAGUGCAGGAAGACACGAUAGCCACGAUGCGCUCAUGUUAGGUUUCAAAAAUCCACCCGCUCGUGAUGUUACUCCCAAGGGUGUACACCAUGUGCAUAUUAUGAUAGGCCUUCCGCAGUACUGAAUCACGAGAGGAAGUGCAAAUGACACGAUAGCCACGAUACGCGCAGGUUAGGUUUCAAGAACCCAGCUCCGUGGCGCCCCAUCAUCUUUCCAAACAACCACUGGUUUAUUCCUCUUUUUUGGACACCCUUUCCGGCGAAAGCAGGGCGCUCCGCGAAUCGUGAUGAUUCCGCGCGUGCUGCUCGUGGCGUUUAGCAGUUUCGGUUUGAGAUGUCCGAGAGAUAGCUAACACACGCUCUUUCCAGAAGCCGCCGUUUGUUUGCUACUAGCCUCCGGGCCGGCUACUAACACAAGAAACUAGCCACGGUUGGAAUUGGGGCGCCAGCGCGGCUAGAAUGACCCACACGGGAGGGUGGAACUUAGGGGCUCAUGCUGACAAAUUCCUUGGGUUCGACAGCUGGCUCACAGCUUGUAACCGUCAGUGACUGACAGCUGGCAGGGUUCCUUGGGACAGACAGCAUGAUCCGCCAAUGAAAGAACGAGCGGUUGGGAUGGGGGGCACCACCGCCAGUAUGACCCACACUGGAGGUCGUUUUUGGGGGCUCGCACACACUGUGAGGGUGGCAACCUGUCCGGCUCAUGCUGGCAGGUUCGUUGGGACGGACGGACAGCAAGAUCCGCCCACGAAAGAGAACCGCGCGGCGCGACCCGACUGAAUAGUUAUAUCCUGUAGUGGAUCAGUCUGACGGAGCACUGUCAUCCUGUAGUGGUUUACAGUCACAGGCGACAGCUACGGAACAGUUAUGGGGUCAGGGGAACAGUCAACAACAGAAUCAGUUUCGCACGGCACCACCAUCAUGUGAAGCAGUUGGUGCCGCUUUCGUGGAGAUCGGUUAGAAGCAGUUGGGCUCUGCGGUGCUGGAAGCCAGGGAGGCUGUAAAGGCGCCGGGGGGGGGGCUCUCUCCCGCCCCCUCCCCACAGGUUUGUGUAGCGCCGAUAGGAGCCUGCUUGCACGAUGUUUCACGGGCCGAGGUGAUUUUGAGUCGACUCAGAAGUAAAAUUCUCACGGAGGGGAAGAGAGGAGCCAGCUUGAACCAAGUGGUGCAGGCCGUGGCGUAUUGUGCCGCUUCCGCGGCAAAGGUGCGGCUGUUCCUGUAGUGCUCCGAAGCGGCAUGUGCGGCAUCAUGUGUGGGUUGUUGCUGCCUACCUGUUAGCGCCCCUCUUCAC